GAGGUAGCCCGCGGAGAGGCACCGGCCCGCUGCGCUCGCCCGCCGCCGCUGCCCAUCGCCCCAUGGAGCUGUGCCCGGGGCCCGCGCCGCCCUCGGGAUGGGCGCUGCCGCUCCUGCUCGCCCUGGGCGCCGCCGGGCUCAGCCACGGCACCCCGCACCUGCCGUACUCCCGGCCGGGCUCCCGCAGCAAGAACUGGUGCGCCUACAUAGUGAACAAGAACGUCAGCUGCUCGGUGCUGGACGGGACGGAGAGCUACGUCCAGGCCCAGUACAAGUGUGCCUGGAACCAAUUCCCCUGCGAGCCCACCCUGGUAUACCGAACGAGUUUCAGACCUCGGUACACAGUUGCCUAUAAGACAGUAACAGAGCUGGAAUGGAGAUGUUGUCCUGGCUACAAAGGGGAGGACUGCAGGGAAGGACCAGCAGAAAAGCCAAACACUGCUCGUCGUCCCACAACACCAGCAAAAGCUGUUGUGAAGAAAGGCACAGAUGCAGAACCAACAGAAGCACCAGAGCCUCCACCAUAUGAGAAGAGAAUGCAAUUUCUUGAGGACGAAUUGUUUAGACUUACACGGUCUGUGAUUGAACUUCAGUCGUCUGUGGCAGGUGUGAAUGAAAACCUGAAGCUGACUGUACAAGAAGAUGCUAGCAAGAUGUUGGUCACUUGGCUGAACAACCUUUACGACCGCCCAGAGCCUGACAGUGCAGUUGGUGGCGCAACAGACACUAUUCAGCUGCCAGGACUCUUCAACAAUAAAGAUCAAAAAGACCCUUUUAUUGAUUUUGAAAUGGAAGAUAUAAAAUCUGAGCUAGCUGAGGUCAAAGAAGCCUUGAAGAUGAGGAAUGAUGAGCUGGAGGAACUGAAUGGAAAGGUAAAAGGUUAUGAAGGACAAUUGAAACAACUGCAGGAGGUAGCACGAGGACCUACAAUAACAAUGCCCCGUGACAAUAUAUAUCAGGAAUAUAUAGACUCAAAAUUUGAGUCCCUCAGGCAAGAAAUAAUGGAAGCACUUGAAAAGGAAGUGGCAGAUCUGAAGAACUCCUGUGAGGAUAUUCAGCAGCAGUAUGAUGGCAAUAGCUGUGUAGGGAUAAUCAGUGUUAUAAAAGGAAAAGAGAAUGACUUGAGAAAAGAAAUAAAUAUGCUCCGCACUCAGAUUCCAUCAAAUGACUCCAGUUGUUGCAAGAAGGGCGAGGGAAAUGACUUUGACCAACAGAUGAAAGAUUUAGAUAAGAAGAUUGACAGAAUUGUGGAAGCACAGAGGAUGUUGAAUGUCAGAAUAGAUAAUGAAAUCAUUCGAUUGUCAACUCCAGAUCUAGAAGAUGUGUUUGGUGAGAGGCUGGAGGAGCUGGAUGCGAGGAUGAAUAUUACGGAACGAAAUGCUGAAGAGCAUUGUUUUUAUGUCGAGGAGACUCUCCGCAGUGCUAUCGCUGCUGAGGUGGACGAACUGAGAGACUUGUUCGACCAAAAGCUGCGGGCACUGGAGGUUAGGCUGGGCGGCACUAUUUUAGAGCUUGCCAACACCACAGACCUGGAUGGAAUGUUUGUUAAUCCUGGGCCCAUCUUGCCCAGCGAUGCAGGAUUUGCAAAUGAGCAGUUUACAGCAGAGAUGAAUUUCCUGAAGGACAAACUGCUGUCACUUGAACAGGUCUGUGGGCAGAAAUGUCAGUCUACACCACAAGGUAUGGAGAGUCUUCAGAAAGAGCUAGAAAAUUGUAAUGACAAGUACAAUCACUUGCUUUUGAAAACAGAGAAUAAUUCUGUUCUCCUGCAGUCUCUAAAUAGCUCUCUUAAUGAGAAACUCAGCUUAAUUAAGAGUAACCAACGUGAUGUGCAGAAAAUGCAGAGAGAUGUGCGUGUAUUCCGAUACAAUCUAAAUGCCAUUGAUAAAGAUAUGAAAAAUCUUCAAGAUGGCCUGAGUAGCUGCAGGGAGCAGCUUCUGGGUGUCAAUUCGACAUGCAGAAAAACACAACGAGGUGUCUUCCGAAAAAUUGAUCAAAUGCAGAGGACAUUUGCAAAUCAAACUGCUCAUUCCAAUGAGAACUGCUGUGGUGAAGUGAAAGACAGACUAGAACAAUUGAAUGACCAUAUCCUGAAUGAUCUUAGCAAGUGCAAAGAAAAGACCCAAGGUGUCCAGGAGGGUGUUUCAGAUGUUGAGAGCAGGGUCUCACAUGUUGAAAAAGUCUGUGGCAAGCUGGACUCUGUUUCAGACAGCUUGCAGAAUAUAAAAGACGGUCUGAAUAAGCACGUGAGCAGCUUAUGGAACUGCAUCCGUGAAAUGAAUGGAACUAUAGCAUCUCAUUCUACUGAUAUUUCUGGCCUCAAAAAGUCUGUACAACAGUUUCAUAGUCAGGUCUCCAAAAUCACCACAGACAUUGAAGGUGUGCUGAAAUCUCAGUCUGACACAAGGCGACCAGAAGUACCACAGCAGCCCUUGCCACCAAGGCCACCCGUGCAGCCCCAGCCUGGCAUAUCCCUGCUGCCAUCAAGGCCCAGGAUACAGCCCCCACGGCAGAGGAUCCCCCUCCUGCCACCACAGCUGAGACCUCCUCCACGUCCAGCUCUGCCAGGGUCAGCAGUUGUGCCACUUCUGCCUGGAACAACCGGCAUCAUCUUGGAGACAGGGGAGGCAGGGCCUCCUGGCACGGUUUUAAUGUCUGGGAGAGGACGUCUUAGAAGUGCGGAUGGUCAGGCUGGCCAAAGUACCAUGCCCAUUGCUGAAGGGUAUGCUGGAGCACCAGGAUAUCCAAAGUCAUCUCCUUCUACCACGGAUUCACAAGGACCUGCCUCUGCUGCUGUGCCCUCUCUGGUGUCAUUUUCUGCUGGGCUCACACAAAAGCCUUUCUCCAGCGAUGUUGGCGUGGUUCACUUCAACAAAGUGCUUGUGAAUGACGGGGACUACUAUAACCCCAAUACAGGCAUUUUCACAUCACCGUAUGAAGGGCGCUACCUGAUCACGGCCGUGCUGGCCCCGGAGAGGGAUGAGUACGUAGAAGCGGUGCUGUCCGUCUCCAAUGCCAGUGUGGCUCAGCUCCACACUGCUGGGUACAGAAGGGAACUGCUGGAGUAUCACAAACCCUACUCGGGGAAACAGACCUGUGGUGGUCCUGGGACGUUCCACCUUGUUCUUCACCUCAAAGCAGGAGAUGAAGUAAAUGUUGUUGUAACGGGAGGCAAGCUGGCCUACACAGACUCUGACGAAAUGUACUCCACGUUUAGUGGAGUUCUCCUUUAUCCUUCCAUUUCUCAUGUUUAGGUUUACCUUGAACAGGGCAGAAGGGUAAGAUAUUCAGAAGAACUUAAGUGUAAUAAAAUUCAAAGCUUUAAUAUAUUCAGUUUAUAUAUUUGAUUUCAGUGAUGGGUUUAUAGUCUAUACAGAAACCUUUUCCUUGUCCCUUUUUUCCAGAGAUAGCUACAAAAGUCACAUUUUUGUAGCUAAAUGAACUCCUUCCCAAGCCCUUGCUUACCUGUACAAGCAGAACAACUGUUUAAACAAGUAUGUUCUCAAUAGAUACUUCUCCAUUGUGCUCCUGCUGUUCCCCAUUAAAUUGCCUUUGCAAUAUCUUCCCUAGUUUUUCAAACUGUCCCUAGUGUAUCAAAGUUUACAUCUUCACUCAAGUUUACAGUUGUGGUCAGCUAUUUUCAUGUUUUCAGUAAAGCAGAGCCAAGAAAGUGAAAUUGUAGUGGAUAUGGUUGAUGACUUUUUACUCCUUGUAUUAUUUAAUAACGUGUGUUGGCAUAAUCAGUUUGUUCAGUGCAAUUGCAAACCAUUGUGGUGCAAAGCAAAAUUAUAUUCAUCUGCAUCAGUUUUCUUUUUUGCCUUUAAGAGCCAAACACAAUGCUAGGAGACAAGCUGAGUGAUUCAGUCAGGUGGAAGCAGCAGCAUAGGGAGAAACUUGCCUCAGCUUGCCACUGGGCAGAUGUGAGCUCAAGGUGCAGUUGCUACUACUGAAAGAUUUAGAACACUUAUUGUCUACUUAUAGAGUAAAAAAGAUGAUUGGUUAUUCAUGAUGCUCUUGAGAUUAAAGCUUGCUCCUGGAAAUUAAUAAAACAGGUCAGAUAAACCAGAAUCAUCAUUGCUUAGCCAGAAAAAUGGUGAUUUUGAAAAGUUUAAAAAAUUUUAUAGAGUUUGUUUCUGGUACUCCAGCAGUACUUGCAUUAGAAGGGAAGUUUUUGUCUUCAGUGCAUGGUAGAAGACAAAUCAGAGAAAAAAUGGUCGAUAAAGGAAAAUAGUGUUUUUAGUCAAUAUUGUCAAAUGCACAAACCAACUGUCUGCCAGAGUCCUUGUGACAGCCUCCUGCAUUGGUGCUUUUGAAUGAGGUUUGUUUUAACACUCAGCAUCUGUUUAUAUGGAUAGAGCAGCUUCCUUAGCUUAAACAGAUAAACACAAUUUAGGCAGCAGUAUUUUACUUCUCACACUAGCCACUUCUCAGUGGAGGUAAUAAAAGCGAUGCUUUGGCUCUUAGGAGUUAGCAUUUUGAUCACUUUUGUGGCUGAAAACAAAUCCAGCCACGUUUAACUGAGAGCAGGACUGUACAUUCAUUUUUCACAUGUACAUACAUUUGUCACCUGUACAUUCUUUAUAUCAACUGAUCUUUUCAAUAGUCUGUUCAUGCCACACAGAGUUGUAUUUAUCAUAGUGGUUUGUGUAGUGUAUUUUCCUUAUUACAAAUGCAGAACAGCUGUUUGUAGCCUCAGAACAAACAAUUUUUUUAGGUGAGGGAAGAACUCCCUGUGCUGUAGAGCAGCAGAGUGUAUUUAGCUGAAGCCCUUCCCAUCUGAGAAGAUCAGAGGAAGACUUGUGCUUUUGUUACUUAGUUUUGGAACAGAUGCUCCCUAACAAUUGUGUUUCCAGGCAAUGAGAUGGGGCCUUCCCACAACAAACUAUCACAUCCUGGAAGCUGAACUGCUUUUAAAAAAAGCAGGCAGAAAAAACUUUCUGUCCACAGAGGACCUCUGAGUCAGUCCUAGGGCAGCUAGGGUUGCACUGGGGGAGUUGUGGGCACAGGAAGGAAACGGUGAGUGGAGUUUUAAAGCACCUGCCUGGUUUGGGAAGAUCUCUUGGCACCUGAUUUUCAAAAUGACGGUGUUAGAGAUAAGCAGAAGCUAGGGCUGGCUGUGUUUGUAGCAGGAAGGCUGUUUCUGUCAGAGCAGCUGGCAGUCAGUAGCCAAAGAUGUACAGUGAACUUGCACUCCUGAUAAGAGGAGCCGCCUCCGCCUCAUUUCCCUGCAUUUUCCUGGACCUGUGCAUUUUCAUGCAGUCAGCAACUGCACGCUUCUUCAAGGGGGGCUUAGCUUUCUUUUGUCCUUUCUGUCCCAUGCCUUUCUAGGUCUCAGAAUUGUACGGACAGAGAGGAAGGGUUGUUUUCUGUGUUUUCAAAAGCCAAGCAUAUCAUAUGCUUUUUUUUUUGUUUUGUUUUAAAAACUUAAUUUCUUGUUACGAACAAAAGCCAGAGAAGCACUUUUCCUUUCAGGAUAUUUUUCACUCUCCUCAAGAAAGCUGUGUUGUCUAAGAAGUUGGCUCCAGACUACGUGUGACUCAAGAUUAUUGUUGCCUGUUCUAAAAAUGACUCAUGGAAACAAACAAAAUGAGCUGAGUGCUUAGGGAGACCUAGCUGGCAAACACAACUUUUUUGUCCCACCUCCCUCCAAGUGAGAAAUUUUUAAGAAUCAGCAGGGCAAGUUUAGAGCUAAGAGUUGCAGAAGUUGUAUCAAUUAUGUAAUUAUUACCUAACUGCUCCAGGAGAUUUCAAAAUCCAACCCACAAAUCUUCACAAGCCCAGUUCUGCUGAUGGGACAGGGCCAUCUUCUACGAGAAAGUUUCCCUUUAGACCAGGAUCUGCUGCUGCAGUGCUGGGAUAGUUUAAGCCCUCAUAAUGCAGCAUAACUGAUAUUUGUACCCUGCUAUGGAGCAUUCCCUAAAUUGUGUCACAGCAGGGCACAAUCCCAGCAGCUUAUUUUGAGGACACCUUUAGACCUUUCAGGGGUAGCUUCCCAUUCAUGUCUGGCAGUGUGGGUGGCUAAAGCUAUGACCUUUUACAAGGAACCUCUGUCUAAGAUUCCCGCCUUUGUUGAGGGGGACUUGACCCUUAAUUUGCACUUCCUUGGUAAUUGCUGUAAUCAGAGUAGGUGGCUCGGUUCCUCCUAAUGAGGUUAUUUUCCUGGAGCUUACAAGGUGGAGUAUUGACCCAGCUGGGAAGACCACAGGGAUGUACAGUUAUUUCCCAUGAAUAGGGAGAGGGAGGAUGGAACCUGAGUUGGUCUCUGCUCCAGUCAGUGCUUGUAUAAAAUAUUAAUAAUGCAGCAGCUGGAAGAGAUUCAAGCACAAAUGCAUGCAAAGGCCUGACAAGGGUUGGCUCCACACAGAACAGCCCAGCUUCAAAGGAAAGAGCAAGAGCCCUGCUCCACAAUACCCUGAGCCUGUUGAUGGAGCAUUUACAUCUUUGGUGAGAAUCAGCAGCAGAACACAGAAAUACCUGCACUGAAAGGAACAUUUCUCACUGUGGGUUUAUGAUUUGACUGCCACAUCCAGGAGCAUCCACAAGCUCAAAUGGGAAGCAUCUGUUAACUGAGAAAGCCUUAAAAAAAAUCCAGUAGGUGGGAGCUCUAAGACAGGACUGGUGCCUGUUUCAUAGAUCACAGUGCUACCUUUUAGACUGCUUUGUAGAUCGUUUAGUAAGGCAUUAUGUGAGAAUUGCAAGACUCUUAGACAAUACAGUAUCUAUUGGGCCAGGUGCUCUAAUUUGACAUCAAAACAGGAAGAAACCCAAACCGUACCAGGUGAAGCUGUGCAGGCAGAUGAGUGUCUGACAGUCCCUCAGCCAGGCACGAAGCACUGUGGUUCCCCAGGGACUGCAAAUAUCCAAACCAGGUGAGUCCCCAGGGCAAUAUCACUUGUGAGACAGUUGAAUUCCCAGAGGCAGGGCUUUAGCAGCAGAAUAUCUGAAGCCAAGCCAGCAUGCUGACAGCCAGAGAGACUUGGCUCUGGCCAAAUGUGGCAAGCAUAUCCUAGAGCCCCAAUGUGACAUAUAAAUCAGUCAUAUCCCCAGGAAAGACUGCAGCAAAGCAGGAAUGCCAAUUUUCACUGCAAAAAGUAUUAAAAAAAUUCUACCUCAUUACUUUGCCAUUAAGACCUCUGAGACAGCAAAAACAUUUCUACUGUCCACUUUGAGAACACUCAAAGCAAUGAGGAUUUUCUGUGGUAUUCUAUCACAUUUCCUUUCAGUGUACACCAGGUUAGUUGCAGCAACUUUGUGCAGUGUCACUGAGACUCUAGUUGGUUUGGUGUAGCCAACUGGCCCAAAGAAAAAUUGCAAACAGUCAAGCAAGCUGUAGGUGGAAAGCAUAAGAAAGCAACUUGAAACAACAUGCCCAUCACCACCCCAUGCAGCUUUAAAAUGCACUGGGAAUGCAAGGUAAAGGGCUCCCCAACUGCAAUUGGGAUAUUCAAAUCAGGAUUGAACUGUUUCCUGACAAUACAGCAUGCAUUUGGAAGUGAUUGCUGAUUAGGUAAGUCCUUGCAUGACAGCCCACUAGUGGUUAUGGGUCUGUUUCACUAAAACCAGAAAUGCAUUUAUGGUCUCAGCUUGGAGAUGGGAGGAAUGUGCACUCCACUGAGACUUGCUCUGCAGGUUGCUGGCUGCUUCUGGAUAAUGGCACAGAGUUCAAAUCAUUCAGCUACCAGGAAUACCUGGGGGCAGUCUCCUGCCAUCACAAGACAGACUUGUGCUCCAGCCAACACAACCUUUUUGCAAUGUACCCGGCAGACUUGGAUGCAGAACAGCAGCUCUGCCAAUUCUUUGGGUAUAUGGGAGACUUCAAACAACAUCUUGUAACAUGUUACUGCAUAAGCAGGUUUUGGCAUUUAUUUCCCUGUCCCAAUUGUGAAAAAAGGAACAUUACUACAAUUUUUCAGCAAAAGGAACAGUGCAUUUCAAAUUAUGCUUUGGUGUGCAUGUCUAUACAUAUAUUCAUGCAUAUAUAUAUAUAUAUAUAUAUAUAUAUAUAUAUAUAAAAUAAUCUCAAAUGGGGAGAGAGAGUAAUACCCAGCAACAUAAAGAGAACUGUAUGACAGAAAACAACUGCAGAUAUGUCCAAAUAAAGCCUACCUCUUGUGUCAUGCUUCAAUGCUCUUUUGCUUUCCAGGGAAUACAGCAGCACUGUAAGCCAAAAUUUUUGCUCUCUUCUCCACUGCCUUUAGAACUGCAAUUUCUGGCUUCUCAGUCAAGCUUGCAUGUAUAUUUUAAAUGUUUAUUCAGUGUCAAGCACUGUUACAUAGGCUUUGCAGUACAUAGAAAUUCUGCCAACACAAUUCUUGUCCAUCUUACUGGCUCAGUCACUGCCCUGAUUCCUGGCAAAGAUAACAUUUCAGUUGCAAGGGACCUACAAGAAGUGCCUGACCAGUUCAGGGCUGGACAAAAGCGAAAGCAUGUUGUCAAGGGCAUUGGCCAAAUGCCUCUUAGACACUGACAGGCUUGGGGAUCCUGAGAUGGCCCCUCCACUCCCCCAGCAUGGCAGUGGGCAGAGCCCACAGGCUCAGGACCUGGCAUCUGCAGGGCUCAGCCGGCCACUGCAGCAAGGCUGUGUGUGCUUCACAAGCAGAUGGAGCACGGGCUGUCCAUGCCCGGGAGUGCUGAGCAGCUGCACAGACCACCCCGGGGCUGCAUUCCCCUCUGUCCAUUCUGCUGGCAUGUGGUAUAUUUCCCAGUGACUGAGAGACUGGGCAGCCAGCCAUUCCUAAGGCCCUGGUGGGACACCCUUCUUUGUGGUCUAUCAAAGCAGCUUGAAGUUCAAGAGCAUGGGGAAACCAGGGUGAGUUCCAGGGAAAAGGAAGUGUCCAAUGGCAUGUGGGGAGUGCACUUGGCUGCCUUACACACAAGAGGUUCCAGAAACACUUUGGGGAUUUUUCAGGGUUGUUGGUUGGUUGGAUGUUUUUAUUGUUUGUUUGAUUGUUCAUUUUUACCAAUCACUGGCCUUUGCAUUUGUCCUGGUUCUGGUAGGGACAGAGUUAAGUGUUACAGCAGAGGUGAGCAAGCACAUGUGAAUUGUACACUCUGCUGGUCAUUUUGCUGUUGUUACUGUUUCUUAUUUCAUUGCUGUUUCUAGUAAAUUGUUCUUAUCUCAA